AUGGUAGACGACGUUCACGCUGGGCCGGACUGUCACGCUCACAGUCGGGUCUGUGAGGAAUCCACUCUCCGCUCGGCUCAGGACUUAGGCGCGCGGAGCGAACCGGGCGCGGACUUAGGCGCGCGGAGUGAGCCGGGCGCCCCGGCCCAGGACUUAGGCGCGCGGAGCGAGCCUGGGCCAUUGGCUCAGCCCCAGGCUCGCUGGCUGUGGACUUGGGGCGCGCGGGUCUCUUAUUGUUAG